UUUUAUUAUUAUUUCCAGAAUGGCCUUUUUAUUUCGAGGCAUUUCACGCUUAGUUACAACUAAUGUUCAUUCGAAUUUAGCACCAAUUGUGUCUCCGAAGGGUCUGUCAAGGUGUAUCGCAAGCUCCAGUCAUCUACAGACAAUUGAAGAUGGUGUCACACCUCCCACCGACAAUUUACCUGAAAUUAAAAUGUCAAGGGAAGUUGCAUGGAAUAAGCUGAUGGAAUUCGGUGAUUAUGUUGCCAAUUGUUUACCGAAGUAUAUUCAACAAGUCCAGCUUACUCAUACAAAUGAGCUAGAGGUCAUGGUACAUCCUGAUGGAAUACUUACUACAAUGAGCUUCCUGAAAAACAACACUUUGUGUCAAUUUGAGUCCUUGGCUGAUUUGUGUGGAAAUGAUAUACCAACAAGAGUCUAUCGAUUUGAGAUUGUGUACAAUCUACUCUCCCUCCGAUACAACCAACGUAUUCGAGUGAAAACUUACACAGAUGAGUUAACACCAGUUGAUUCUGUUUGUAGUGUGUAUCGUGCUGCCAAUUGGUAUGAAAGAGAAGCUUGGGAUAUGUAUGGUAUAUUAUUCCGUAACCAUCCAGAUCUUCGUAGGAUUCUUACUGAUUAUGGAUUUGACGGCCACCCACUUCGUAAAGAUUUUCCUUUGUCUGGUUACCACGAGGUUCGAUGGGAUGAUGAAGCUGUCAGAGUUGUUCGAGAUCCUGUUGAGCUUGCACAAGAAUUUAGAAAAUUUGAUCUUAACAGUCCAUGGGAAGCCUUUCCGAAACAUAGGAAUACAGACAACCUUAGUUCUCCUCCAAAACAUGAAUAAACUGAUUUUAGAAGUUUUCUCUAAUACUAUAUUUGAGAUAUUUUUUUUGUCCAUAUUAAUAUUUGCAUCAUAAACAAAAUUUUUCUUUCUGCUGAUGUCAUGAAUUUUUAUAUACAAGUAUUGCAUAAUGUUUAUUUGAAAAGUCAGUUAUAUCAGUAGAUAUGUUUCCAAGGUUAAAACUAUCUCAAAGUAUUUUAUAUUUAGAAUUUUCGUGUGUGGUUGACCAUAUUCAUGAAAUUUUCCAUUGGAUUGUAUGGUUUAUGGAAGAAUUACCUAACUGAAAAAUGCUUUUUGUGGGUUCAUACUUAUUAGCUACAUGAUAAUGACCUUGUGUAUUUGCUUUUGUUUCAGAA